UUGGCCUAGAGCUGCCAUAGACCAGAAUGCAAUUCGACAAGGAUUAUCCUUUUAGCGCGAAAAACGAAAGUGUAAACAUGGCGGCGGUAAGGAUCAAAAAUGAUCAGUGGAAAGAAGAUGAACUUCUGAAAGAAGCAUUGAAACGUUACGUCGAAGAGGGCUUGCAUCGCGAGGAGAUCCUAGAUUAUGUUUYGAGGGAUUUUGGCGAGUAYGCUUGGAGCAUAAGGACACUUGACAGAAGGCUUAAUCACUUUGAAAUCAGUUAUACUGAUCGCACGGUAACCAUAGACGAGAUCCAAAGUGCAGUUAAAAACGAAAUGCAAGGGCCAGGGAAAUUACUAGGAUAUCGAGCACUACAGAAAAAAAUCAGACAAGUUUAUGGCUUGAAGGUACCAAGGGAUGUUGUAUAUGCCGUUAUGUAUGAUGUAGACUCUGAUGCUUUGGAGAGAAGAGCUCCUCAGUUCAAGAAGAAGAAAGCAAAAGGCCAUUUUACGUCGCCAGGGCCCAACCAUGUGCACUCCCUCGAUGGCCAUGACAAACUCAUGGGAUACCAAAAUUGGACAUUCCCUAUUGCUGUGUACGGCUGUAUCGAUACAUGCAGCAGAAAAGUAUUGUGGGUUAAAGUGUGGAUCACUAACAGUGAUCCACAGCUUAUAGGUCGCUUUUACCUUGAGUACUUGUUUAAAACAAGAACAAUUGCAAGCAGGCUGAGACUGGAUAAAGGCACCGAAACUGGGGUGCUUGCAACAAUGCAUGCAUUUCUAAGACAGAAUCAUGGUGAUAUGGAUCCAGUUGAAACUGUCAUUUAUGGGCCUUCAACCUCGAACCAGAUUGAAAGGUGGUGGAGGGAACUCCAUGAAAGGCUGGAGAUGUUCUUUAAAUUCCCUUUGAAGCAGUUGAAAGAUCAUGGGCAUUAUGACCCAAAUAAUGAAAGUCACMGGCAUCUCCUUGCUUAUCUUAUGAUACCCAUAAUGCAAAAGGAAAUCAACACAUUUGUUGAUACAGUUUGGAACAGUCACAGGAUCCGUGGUCAAAAAACCACUUACCUUCCAGAUGGAGUACCAAAUCACAUUCAUGACUUUCCAGAAAAGUAUGGGCUUCAAGAAUGUGGAUUGAAAGUUACUGAGCAACAACUGGAAGAGGUUGCUGAUCUUUCAGAUGUGUUGACUGACAACRACGACUAUUUGCCACCAGGUUUAAGGGUUAAGUGUGAACAAAUWAUAGACCCACUAGAAAUUGAUGUCUCUGACAUUGCCCAUGCAUUUCGAUAUCUCAAGGAUAAUGUAGUUUGAUUUGUUAAAGCAUCUAAAUACAGGGGUGUYCAGGGGGAAGGGGGUUAUAUGGCAYGAAUCACCAAGGCCAAAAUUAAACUUAUAUUUCCCGAAUUAGGAAAAAAGAAAAUAAUGAAAAGGUAUUUCAAAAAACUAUUUAAAACUAUUCAACGGUACUUUACCUUGUUUGUCAUGCUGUCGAUCAUUACGACAUUAGCCAGCAAUUUCUCAAGGCUGACAAAUUAUCUUUUUCAAAAUAUUUUAAAAUUUCAAGGGCUAACUAAUUGGUAGAAUAGCAAGAAUAACUCACAGAUUUAUGAAAAUUUGACAAUUACUUUUAUUUAGCUUUCCAAAGGAUGAGUGAAUCACAACUCAUGAGGAUUUAUUUUGCAAAUCAUUGGAUCACAAAAAAUUAWAAUGUACAAUAAUGGUUCAUAAACAAAACCCUGGACAACCCUGUAAAUAGUUAGUAGUUUACUAUUCGGUGCAACUGCUCAGCUCUGCUGUACACCAAAUGGAAAUUAAUUUUGCAAGUUCAAAUAAAAAUCGUAGGACAUUCUGGUAGUUGUAUAGUCAAAUAAAAUGUCCUACACUGUAUUUCACUCAAGACUAGACUAGGCAACAGUUGAUAUGUAUUCUGCAUUUAUUAAUCUAAAAAGUUCAGUACAUCAUCAUUGCACUUGUAUAAUGUAUUUUGAACUACGAUCCUUCAAGCUUUAAAUCAAAAAUUUAAUUUUUUAAUCUUUUAUUAUUCAAUAACUGCAACAAAUGAAUAUAAACAUAUCUUCAUCAACAAGAAAUCUGUUAAUAUCAAGAUAACAAUUAUUUCUAAAACAGUUACAUUUUGCCUUCUUCAACCUUGUGCUGCUACUAUAACCAGGAUCACUUGAACAAGAUGAAUCCAACAAGACUGACAAGGUACUGUAGAUGCAGAAAAACCAGACAGUGAUAAAACUGAUAACAGCAGUUGCCAAAUCACCAUUUUCCAUACAUUAGUUCACUGGCCAAAUACAAGGCACUCAAUCAAGACUUCAAGGUGAUUUCUAAGGAUAUGCAAAUUUGUAGCUUGCAGCCUCAACAAAAUGCUCUGUUCUCGACUGGUGAACCAUUCUAUGGAAAAUGAUGAAUCACAUUAUCAUGUCUCCAAGGUCUUCUAUCAAUGUGCUCUGACAGAACUUGGCUUGUUGUAGCAUGUUUUUCAAAAUUUUUUUCUAAAUCAUUGUAAGUUCAAACCUCCUAGGAGAUUUUUUAACCGACUGUGUGAUCAUGGUUUACUUUGGCUUUGUGAAGUGGUACUUUUAUUCUAGUAAACCUAAAGUGCGGGUGGCCACUGUUGAGUUAAAAGUUGCAAGAAUAUGAUUGCUUAAUGAGACUAAUUGAAGUGGCCCAAAUUAUAGUAGCUGCACUGUAAAUCCUAAUAUUACUGUGCAUACACACAGUAUAUCAUAUAUAAAGCCAAUACUCCAAAAUGCACUAUAUUGUAUUUUUCCUGUUUUUAUCUUAUAUCACCUGUAUAUUUCUCUGGAUCUCAAACUAUGUUUCAAUUUAUUUUUAARAAUAUCCCCUGACAUAAACAGGCUUGUUACUUUAAUGCCAUAUAGUGCAUUCAAUCUGCUAUAAAUUUCUAAUAACAUAUACCUUUUCUGAAAGCUCAUAACACAAAAUGCAUAUUUGAUAUAAUAUCUAAAAAGCAUUUGAUUGUUGGAGAAAAUAUAAAAAAAUGAGUUUGAACUUCAAAAUCUUGAYAAUAUAACUUUGCUCACCUCAUGUCAUUUUUGUCUAUUCUAUUCAUUUUUGUACCUUUAAAUAGUCAUAAGGAUGCAUGAAUAAUAAAUGAAAAUGACAGAACAUUUGUAAAACAUUUAAAAAGAUUGAAAUGGAAUAAUAAAUUCAGUAUUCCAUGAAUGGAUAUGUUAAUGAGCUUGUGAGGUAGCUACACUGCAUGGAUUUAGAUGGAGCAAAGCCAUGUCUUGUAUUUACCAUGCUCUAGUACAGAAAGAGAGGCACUGCUGUAAGAGUGCAUGAAAUWUAUCCACGAAAUAAAACUUGACACUUAUAGUGGAGUGAAAAAGUGCAAGAUACAAUUGUGACUUAAUUAGCUGUCUUUGUGCGAGCAGUGACAAUUCUUCUUUGUUGUUAGCCAAUUUAGUUAAGAAUGUAAAAUUUUGCUAUUAGGAAUUGAUUCAUGGAUGUAUGAUGCAUGCUCUGCUAUGCAUCUACAUCAAAUAAGGCCACCAAAACAAUUACUUUUUAUUACAAAUAUAUUAUCCAAUUAUGACUUUCUCAUUUUCUGCUUUAAUAUAAUCAUGUGUACUUUCACAAUAUUGAAAACAUUGUGGUACAUUUGUUUGGGUGGCUUUGAUUAGAAUAAGCUGCACUGUAAAUGAGCAGUAUAAUACCUCUUAGUCUGAAAAUCUCCUUUGCCUCACGCUUAUUUCACAAAAGUGUUGGAUCUUGGAACUUAUACUCCCAAAUAGCAGAGCUAAUGCUGGGAGAUGUAAAAUAAUUAAUAAGUAAUAAAUAAUCGACAAGUAAAUAAAAUUAAAAUGUACAACAGAAUUAAAUAAGUUCAAAGUCUUUUCAGAUGGUUCGGGGUCUUCAUAUUCUGGAUGYCACGCAUUGCCAGUGACUUAAAUAAACUUAUAUUAUUUGCUU